AUGUCCGUAGACCAGAAUGUGCGACUCCCCUGCGGACGCACUGCGAGAAACACGCUUGCCAAGGUCGCGUUAUACGAGCACCUCGGCGAUACCUAUGGCAGUCCUCCCACUGAGCAGCAUGCCGCUCUCUAUUCGCGUUGGGCGCAAGGCGAAUGGGGCAUAGUCGUCACGGGCAAUGUUCAGGUGUCCCCCGCACAUCUUAGUCUGAGCAGGGACAUCGUCAUUCCGCCACAAAUCACCCCUGAGGCACUAGAACCGUUCAAGCGUCUCGCCGAUGCCAUGCACGGUCUUGAGCCUGGGUCUGUAGACACAACACCCCGGGAUGCCCCCAAGUCGCUCGCAAUUAUACAGCUGUCCCAUGCUGGACGCCAAUCCAUGAACCUGCUUGGGGGGCGUAAGCCUUUCGCGCCUCCCCUCGCGCCCAGCGCUGUUCCGAUGCGCACAAAGACGAACGACAGUUCACUGUCGUUCUUGACGCACAUGGUAGACGCGUUGAUGUUCACGCCCCCACAGCCGAUGACCAUAUCUGACAUCGAUGUAACCAUCGAGGCGUUCAUCCGAGGCGCACACGUCGCAGCCCAGAGCGGACUUGACGGCGUACAAAUCCAUGCCGCCCAUGGUUAUCUUAUCGCUCAAUUUAUAUCACCCAAAACAAACCUCCGUGAGGACGAGUAUUCCGCACAGAAAGCGCCGCUCCACUUCCUGCACCGGAUUGUCUCGACCAUCCGCGCCUCUGACACCAUCCCUCGCGACUUCGUUGUCGGUAUCAAGCUGAACUCUGCAGAUUACGUCGACACGGGUCCCGAGCAGCAGACCAAAGACAUCGAAGAGCUCAACGCCGAGCGUGAGGCGCGUGCGCUUUCUCACGUGCAGGAAAUCUCAUCAUGGCGCAUGAUCGACUUCAUCGAGAUCAGCGGUGGCGAUUACGAGAAUCCAACGUUUAUCACAGGCUUGAAAUCGUCUUCCCCGCGCCAGGCCAUAUUCAACCAGUUUGCGCACAAGGCGAUGGGAGUCGUUGACAUCCCGCCCGCUUCCUCCGAGCCUUUCCUUCCCUCCCCGCCACUCAUCCUCCUCACCGGCGGCCUCAAGACGCCCGCCCUCCUCGCCUCCGCGCUCGCGAAGGGCCAUGCGCACCUCCUCGGCCUCGGCAAGGUGGGCAUCAUACAGCCCGACCUCCCGCGUCUCCUCGCGUCUGGCGACCAGGCGUCCCUAAGCAUACCGCCACCCGAGCCGGAUGUCACCGGGCUCGGCGCACCACUCCCCGCGUCCGCACCUAUCAGUGCACGCGUCGAGCGCGUGCUCCUCGCGCUGCUGCUCGCGGUCGUUCAGCGUAUCCCUGCGCAACCGCCCAAGCUCCUUGGCGCGACGGCGGCGGUGGCUUGGUACACGGUCAUGAUGCGCCGCCUCGCGGAAGGAGACCCGGUACCCGACUACACGAUCGGCGGGACUGCGUCGAUCAUCCGGAUGUGGUUCUGGGUGCGGCCCGAUAGCACUGUGCAAUCACGGUCGUCUCUAGGGUCGUGGUUCAAGAUGGGCCUGCUUGGGGUGACGAUCGGCGUAAUUGUUGGCUGCUUGCAUUGA